AUAAACCCUGUUGGUCCUUAGUAGAGAGUUCUUGCCCCUUUCUUUUUCUCUCUUCUCUCCUAUUUCGAUUUUUUCGCAGUCGUAGCCCUAAAACAGGAGAGAGAAAGUAGAAAACUCCCCCAAAUUAAAAUGGAUAUGAGUAGUGAUUUCGAUCGUCUUCUCUUCUUUGAGCACGCUCGCAAGUCCGCUGAAGCCGCCUACACAAAAAACCCUCUCGAUGCUGAGAAUUUGACUAGAUGGGGAGGAGCCUUGAUUGAGUUAUCUCAAUUUCAAGCUCCCGAGGAUUCGAAGAAGAUGCUUACAGAUGCGGUGGAGAAACUAGAGGAAGCUUUGGAGAUUAAUCCCAAAAAACACGACGCAAUGUGGUGUUUGGCAAAUGCUCAUACCACACAUGCUUUUAUGGUUCCUGACAUGGAUGAGGCUAAGCCUUACUUUGAGAAGGCUGCUGACUACUUUCAACAAGCAGUUGAUGAGGAUCCUGAUAAUGAUUUGUAUAAGAAAUCCUUGGAAGUUUCUUCAAAGGCUCCGGAGCUACAUGCUGAGAUCCACAAACAACAAGCCUUUAGCCAACAGGCUAUGGGUGGUGGACCUUCAUCUUCUAGUUCCACUAAGACUGCCACAAAAAAGAAGAAAUCCAACGAUUUCACGUAUGAUGUGUUGGGAUGGGUGAUUCUUGCAGCUGGUAUUGUGGUGUGGUUAGGAUUUGCGAAGAACCAAGUUCCCCCUCCGCCUCCAAGAUAAUCUCUUCUUUUUUAUAGCAUGGCCUAAGUUUUGUCAAGAAGUUGGCCGCCUGUUGUCUGAGAAUUAUUGGAUUUUUGCAUGGAAAACCCCGGAGAGAGGGGUUGCAGUUCAUUUGUCGCUCUUAAAUUAAAUUUAUUGUCUAGUUUCUAGUUUAGUUGGAGUAUAUUUGUUUACCUUCGAAAAGAAUAAAAAAAAAUAUACCAUGUACGCCGUAUUUGUUAGUAGUACUUCAAGAUCAUUCAUGAUUGGAGCUUUCUUACAAGGUUGAA